GGUGUAGACCGUCACUCUACUACUGCUCAGAGUUCACAAAAACCGUUUACCUCUAGCUAUGGAACCCAGUCAGGGUCUUCUACUCCCUUCACCCUGCAAGGAAGUAUCACUUUUGAUGGGUCACCACAGCCUCAAGGUGUUGCCAGUCAGUCUACUAUUUGGGGCUCUCCGAAGCCACUUACCUCUACCUUUGCAGGUAACUCUGACACCCGGGCAGGGUCCUCUACUCCAUUUAUCCUGCAGGGAGGCACCGCUUAUGGUGGUUCAUCUCAACCUCAAGAUACCACAGGUCCGCCUGCCCCUGGAUCUCAUUUCUCCCAUGCAAGUGUAACCCUGUCCUCACCCCAAGCUGGUCCAUCUACUAAUGUUCAGGCUUCUCGAAAGCGGUUUACCUCUGCCUACCAGGGCAGCUCUGGGGCUUCGUUUGGGGCCUCUACAGGUUUUGCCUCCCAAGGAAUGAGCAGCUCUUACGGUGGUUCUGACCAGUCUCAAGGUACCACUAGCCAGUUUGCCCCUGGGUCUCCGUCAUAUCUAGGUUUAUUAUUGUCCUCACCCCAUGCUGGUCCAUCUACUAAUGUUAAAGGUUCUCUGAAGCGGCUGGCUUCUACCUUCGUAGGCAGCUCUGGCACCCAGGCAGGGUCCUCUACGCCAUUUAUCCUGCAGGGAAGCACUGCUUAUGAUGCAUCACCUCAGCCUCUAGAUACUGCUAGCCAGUUUUCCCCAGGGUCUCCUUCCUCAUAUCCAGGUUUAUCACUGUACUCACCCCAAGGUGUUGUUAGUCAGUCCAGCCAAGCAUAUCAAGGCUAUUCUGUGUCCCAAAGCCAGAAGUCUCAAAGAUGGCAGCCUUCAGCUGUUAUUCAGACCUCCGAUGCAGCUGCGUCACAGGGUAGCUCUUCAUCUCAAAGCUCUCCAAUGCAG